UCAGUCUCUCAACCGAGGCAUUAUACGUCAUUCUCACAAGUUGUUUGUAUACAGUGCAGAUCAGCUGUCAGUGUUUUGUCUCUUCUUCAGCCACCAGCACCACUGAUACCGACAGGAUGGAGCAGCCAGAGUGGACACGUCUCUUCGAGAUAACAGCAAAGAAUCUUAAACAAGGAGACUCCUGGCGUCUGGAGUUUGAUGAAAAUCUUGUGCCUGACUGUCCAAACCCAGGCUGGGAGCAGUACAUCCGGAACACAGGUGCCAGGUUCAAAUGCACUCUGUGUGGAAGAACCUGGCCUUCCAACCGGGUGAUGGUGGUUUUCCACAUGCACCUGUCAAACAGUCAGGGCGUGGUCAAGGUGAGGCCCUUUCGUCAGAACUGCAAGAGGUGCAGCGACGCCCCAAUGGAAAAGCCCAGCAUCGCCUCCGAGAACAUCGACAUCAUCCUGGAGAAUCUGAUGGAGAAGAUAAGAAUAAAAUGCUACCAUGAAAACCUGGGCAAAACAAGCAAGCCUUUUGUAAGCCUGGAAGUCAAAAGUCCACAUGAGCCUGCUCACUGUGAAGCCUGUCGUCUAGGCAUCUGUACAAGGAAUUGAGCUUGAGUUGUUUUAAAGCUAGCCUUUAUGUUAAUUGAAAAUAAUAAUAUUUGUCUCAGCCUUUAAUGCCUUAAUUUAUAUAAGCAAAUCAUUAAUUACAUAAUACAAUGAUGAUUGUAUUUAUUUAAUAUGUCAUUGUAUUGUGCCCUCUAUCAUUUAUUAGUAAUCAUUUGCAUGUAAACAUUUCGGGGAGUCUUGUUGGUA